AUGGCAAUGUUUUCUCAUACAUCAAGUUCAUCGAGUGAUAUAGAGAAUUACGGAAUGGCGAAUCAUGUUAUAAAGGCUAAUGAAGCGGGCACAGUUAAACAAGAAAUGAUGGAAGAAUUGGAGUUAGGAACUUUUGAACAAGAAGGUGAAGAUGCACAAACUGUUUCCAUUAUGUUCGCCAAGUCUCCAUACAAAUAUUGCAAAACAAUUUCACUCAAUGUGUUGAACAUUGUGGUGGGGUAUAAACAUACCCUCACUAUAAUGUGGGUUUUAAUGGGAGCAAUAAUCUUACAGUGCAUAUUGUAUGUAAUAAUCGAAGCAGCCUGUAUGCCAGCUGUAUACAAAAAGCGUAUCAAGCGUAAUGAUAUGGAAUUUAUUUUAUCAGUAGUAUCGAACGACACAAUUGAUUACAGGUUUUACCUCAAUUAUGCACGUUCAGUAAAAUUAUGGGAUAAUAUUUGA